AUGGCAGGGCGGCGCCGCGAUCAAGAGAGAUACCGAGGGGCUGGUCGGGCGAGUCCCGGCAGCGACGUAGACGUAUUGAUUCUGGGAAGCGAAGAGUCUUGGCGAGACGGACAUCGACGAGGAGGAAGUCUGUCGCGGAGCUCGACAAACGGACACAGCUGGCUGUACGUGCUCGUGGGCCUAGUGGUGGGUGUCCUGUUAUGUCUGCUCUUGUACCAUUUCAAGGACGAUAUUACCAACAGCGGUGGUUCCACGGUGGCCUCUGAGUCCAUCAAUUACAAGACCCCUUUUAAUUUUUUGCUCACUCGACGCAAGAACGUGGAAGGGGACACCGUCAAAGGCCGCAAACCACCACCGGUACAACUCAAAACUACACAAAGCAAAGCUACCAAAGCAGCCCAAACCCAGAUAUCACCGCAACAAGAAAAAAAAUGGGCGGACUCACUCACUGCAUUCAUGGUAUCCAAAAUCCCUACCACCGCUCCCACGGCCACACCCCUUGUCUGGCCCACCACGACCGCCUCAUCGCAACCGCCAACCACCUCCGGGCGACCGGCCGUUCGCGCCCCAUUCUCUAGUGCACUCACCACUCCGGCUCCCACCACUCCGGCUCCCACAAAGACGAACGACUCCGGGACCACCACCAUCUCCGCUGAGGUACAGAAGCUGCUCCCUUCACCGCCGCCCGGGGUGGAUGUGAGUGGCGAUGUAUCCCAACUUUUUGAGCAGGUCGGCACCCUCGGCAUCGUGCUGGCCCUAUCCCAAAAAGCCAUCUGGGAUCGCCCGGACUGGUUCAUGGCCUAUUUCCCUCCCUUGUAA